UAUUCAUCUUUUAUUUUUCAUCGUUGCUGUUCUGCUUCGUUGCUUCGCAGUGUAGAGAUUGCACGAAUCACUUCUUGGGCUCCUUCGUUGCUUCGCUCCUUCGGCGACGUUCCCUUCAUAUCAGAUCUGAAACCACACCUCCUUGCCGUCCUCUGUUGGUUUGAAAGUAAGCACGACUAGGGGAGCUUGCUCUUGCUCGUAGCCAAGCCGGGCUCAUUGGAGGCGCCACUAUGAACAAAUUACCGCUAUCCAACCCAAGCCGGAUAGCAAUAGAGCGAGAGAUCAUGAAGGAGCGGAUUCGCGAGGAAAUCCUAGCGAGGGAGAUGGUAGAAAGGAGGAUUCUGGAGGAGGAAGUGAGGAGGGAGAUUGCGAUGGAACGCAUUAUUGAGUUAAGGAGGUUGCAGAUGGAGAGGUGGCCGGGGCUUGCCGGCACCAGCGGAAUGGUGAUGCAUGGCGAUCGCCAGACGCAAACCCCCCUUAAGCCGUACUCUUUAGAGGCAGGGGUUGCUGCGUCUCUAGGGCGUGGGAUUGCGCAGGAUGCUGCGGAGUUCGCGUUUCGUGAUCGAUCUUCGUCUCACCUGCUUCCGAAGAAAACAACGGCGGUAAUGGCCCAGCCUGCUGUGCGGCACGAAUCGGAGAAGCGUUCGCCAUCAAAUGAGACUACAACAUCAAACUGCAAAUUAUCUGGUGCGAAGAGGAUAAUCCAGGCCAAGAAGCAAUGGGGUUGUGCCCUCUGCAAGGUAAGUUCUUCUAGCGAGGAAGCCCUAAAAGAUCAUCUUCGAGGUAGAAAGCACAAAGUAAAAGAAGCCUUGCUACUCUCUAACAAGAAGACUGGUCUCUUGCAAUCUAAGCAGAAUGUGAGCCCACCAUUGGAUGGUGGUGGGCCUUUGAAGAAUAAACUUUCAGAAGGAAAGAAGCAACAACAGAAGCUUUGGUGCAGCCUCUGCAAAGUGAAAUGUAAUAGCUCCAUUAUGUUAGAAAAUCACAAGGCUGGUAGAAAACAUAGGAAUUUAAUGGAGUCAAAGAAAGCCAACUUUAGUUCUAAGACCGAAGCAGUUAAGACUAGCAAAUGAAAAACUUUGGGACAGUGCAAGUGCAGGAUUAAUUAAGGAAGAGUUGGAGACUGCAUGCCCAUCAACAGCACCAUCAAGCGCUGGAGUGUACGUAGAUAAGUAUAUUCAAGACUUUGUGAAAUUUAAUGGCUUAAACCAUUGAGCAGUAGCUAUUUUAUUUCAUGCAUGAUAUCAGUUUGUUCUGCUUUAUUCAUUUUUAUUUUCCAGAUCUUUGAUUUCUGCUGUUUGAUUCUCUAAUUUGAUCUUGGACGGUCUAUUUGUUCUAUAUAUUUUUUUCUGAUUUUUGUAUCCUGCUGUAAAUAUUAUGGGAUAAAUUUGUUUGUGUUUUGAUUUUUAA